AUGGGCAAUCCACUGCCCGUCUCCUUGCCAGAAGAAUGCAUCAAAGCUCAAAAGAUCCUGCGCAGGAUGGUGGAUCCGGUGCAUGGCGUGGACGGUGUGGUGCCGCUGAAGGUGCUGGAAAAGGCAAAAGGCUUUGCCAUCUUCAGCGUAUUCAGGGUUGGAUUCCUCAUGUCCGCUCGAGGAGGUUCCGGCAUCGUCAUAGCUCGUACAGGUCCCAAUUCCUGGUCCGCACCCGCGGCCCUGGCCAUCGGAGGUCUGGGUGGAGGUUUCAAUGCCGGAGCUGAUGUGACGGAUUUCCUCAUCGUCCUCAACACCGCUCGAGCAGUCAAGGCGUUCAUGUCCACCGGAUCGCUGCAACUGGGCGGCAAUUUGAGCGUGGCCGUCGGACCCGUCGGAAGGAGCGCCGAAGCUGCUGCGGCGGUCAAUAGCGAAGGCUCGGCUGCUGCCAUGUACUCUUAUUCCAGGAGCAAGGGCGUAUAUGCUGGACUCAGCGUAGAGGGCACCGUGCUGCUCGAUCGAUCCGAUGCCAAUUCCAAAGCCUACCAUCAGAGCGACUGUUCGGCCAAAAAGGUCCUUAGCGGCAGCGUCGAUGUGCCCAGCUGGGCCCUGCCCCUGCACGACACGGUCAAAAAGUUCACAAUGACUGGUGGUGCGGACGAUGCGCGCUCCGUCAAGGAUCACGGAGGCUGGGUAGGGACAACGGGUGCGAUAGAGGGCAUGUCGGGCGAUCCUUAUGCGGAAGAGAGAGCAGAGAAUGAAAGGAGGAGGAACAACGUGAGCUCCACCAGCAGGGAUUGGGAUGAGGACGAGAGAGGCGGCGCACACUCCAGGUGGGCCACGGAUGAGAGCACCAUCGAUGUGGACACUGCACGACAGAAGGCGCUAGAAAGGGGAAUGAGGGAUCUGGAUGCCGGCCAUCGUCCAUACUCACCCAACGCCAACUUUGCAAGCGGAGCUUUUCCCUCCAGCUCUCGAGCGCACAUCGAUUCGACCGCCACCACUAGCACCGCGGCGUCUCCAACGCAACAAAGAAGGGUGGUGGCGCUGUACGAUUUCGAAGGACAAGAAGCGCAGGAUCUGUCCUUCAAGAUCGGAGAUGUGAUCCGGGUGAUCAGGGCUACGAUGGACAGGCAGGAUUGGUGGUUGGGAAGAUUGGAGGAUGCUAGUGCGGGAGUGCAAGGUCGGAGCGGCGUGGUUGGAAGGUGA